GCAAAAUAGUGCAGCGGUGGAAUAGGAUUUCAAUGUCGCAGUGUUUCUGAUCUUAACCUCUCAUUAUCCCUAUAUUGUAGCUGCACCAAUCUAAGUACUCUGCUAUAAGUUUGUAACAUUUGUCAAAAAGAUGCUCCACACAAUCAAAACUGUUUCAACCUAUCCAUCAUCAGUUUCAUUCCCAAGAAUUCUCUCUGCUUCCAACCUUAGUCGCAAAACUUCCACGAUUAGAUUCUGCACGCAACCAGAUAUGCAAAGUGCUGAUAAUAAGAUGGAGAAGAAUCAGAACACAAAAGAGGAAACUGCUCAUGGGGAUGUGAUGUCUCAUUCGUUUGGAGAAGGGUAUGCUACUAGAUGUGAUGAAGAAGGAUUUGGUGGGAUAUAUGGUGGAAACCAAUCUGCUCCUGAAACGGAUAAACCCAUCCAUGAAAAUCAUCCAGGUUAUGACAAGACGCAGGGAAGUGAGGUGAAGGAGAAGGAAAAGGCCAGGCACCAGACUAGCGCUAACGCUUAGAUUUUCUCUAGUGUUUAUGCAAUAUGGAUGUAUUUGUUAUCAGCGUUCUUGACUUUUCGUUAAGUUCUUGUUUUUUUUUUCUUCUUUUCUAAAGAACAAUAUGUUUAGCAAAUGGAUAUUCCGGGAGUUUACAUCUAUACAUAACUUUUUUUCCA